AUGUCAGUGGUAUCUCGACAUACGAUUCAAUCUAAAGUCGUUAGCUGCACCUCGAGUGACAGCGAACAAUCUUUGUCAACUGAGCAGCAACCAACACAACCACAAACUGCUGUCCCAGCAAUUGGUAUCGAUCUUGGUACCACCUACUCUUGUGCUGGUGUCUGGCAAAACGACAGAGUCGAAAUCAUCGCCAACGACCAAGGUAACCGUACCACCCCAUCUUACGUUGCCUUCAACGACGCUGAACGUCUCAUCGGUGAUGCUGCCAAGAACCAAUCUGCUAUGAACCCAAAGAACACCGUCUUCGACGUUAAGCGUCUCAUCGGUCGCCGCACCGACGACGACGAGGUCAAGAAGGACCAAAAGGCCUGGCCUUUCCAAAUUGUCGACAAGGAUGGUUCCCCUGUCGUCAAGGUUUCUUUCAAGGGCGAAGACAAGCAAUUCUCCCCACAAGAAAUCUCCGCCAUGGUUCUCACCAAGAUGAAGGAAAUUGCUGAAGCUAAGCUCGACUCUGAAGUCACCAAGGCUGUCAUUACCGUCCCAGCUUACUUCAACGACUCCCAACGUCUUGCCACCAAGGACGCUGGUGUUAUCGCCGGUCUCGAAGUCCUCCGUAUCAUCAACGAGCCAACUGCCGCCGCUAUUGCUUACGGUCUUGACUCAAAGUCUUCUGAGGAGAAGAACGUCCUCAUUUUCGACUUGGGUGGUGGUACUUUCGAUGUUUCCCUCCUCAACAUCACUGGUGGUGUUUUCGCUGUCAAGGCUACCGCUGGUGACACUCACUUGGGUGGUGAGGACUUUGACAACACCCUCCUUGAACACUUCAAGGCUGAGUUCCAACGUAAGAACAAGGUCGACAUUAGCGAUGAUGCUCGUGCUAUGCGUCGUCUCCGCUCUGCUUGUGAGCGUGCUAAGCGUACCCUCUCAUCUGUCACUCAAACCACCGUCGAGGUUGACUCUCUUUUCAACGGUAUCGACUUCCAAGCAAACAUCACCCGUGCACGUUUCGAGGAGAUCAACGCUGACAAGUUCAAGUCAACCAUCGACCCAGUCGCCCGUGUCCUUAAGGAUGCUAAGAUUUCAACCACAAAGGUUGACGAGAUUGUUCUCGUUGGUGGUUCAACCCGUAUUCCAAAGGUUCAAUCUCUUGUUUCCGACCACUUUGGCGGUAAGCAAUUGAACAAGUCCAUCAACCCAGAUGAGGCUGUUGCAUACGGUGCUGCUGUUCAAGCUGCUGUCCUCACUGGUCACACCUCGGACAAGACAGCUGACCUUCUCCUCUUGGAUGUUGCCCCACUUUCCCUCGGUGUUGCUAUGCAAGGUGAUGUCUUCGGUAGCGUUGUCCCACGUAACACUCCAAUCCCAUGCAACAAGUCACGUACUUUCACCACGGUUGAAGACAACCAAACUCAAGUUACUUUCCCAGUCUACGAGGGUGAGCGUACUCAAUGUCGUGACAACAGACUUCUCGGUGAAUUUGAACUCACUGGUAUUCCACCAAUGCCAAGAGGUCAAGCUGAGCUCCACUGUACCUUUGAAGUUGACGCCAACGGUUUGUUGAAGGUUUCUGCUCAAGACAAGGCAUCUGGCAGACAAGCUAACAUCACCAUCACCAACUCAGUUGGUAGACUCUCAUCAACUGAGAUUGACCAAAUGAUUAAGGAUGCUGAGCAAUUCAAGCAAUCUGACAAGGAAUUCACCGCUAAGCACGAAGCCAAGUCAGAGUUAGAGGCUCAAAUCUCUCAAGUGGAGUCUACCAUCACCUCACCAGAAUUCGGUAUGAAGCUCAAGAGGAACCAAAAGGCAGCAGUUGAGUCUGAACUCGCAAAGGCCCUUGAGAAGCUCGAAGUUGAAGACAGCACAGCAGAUGAACUUAGAAAGAGCCAAUUGCUCAUCAAGCGUUCAAUGCAAAAAGCAGUCGGAGGUGGUCGUUAA